CUGCAAGACGGCAAGCGUGCAACAUUUAUUUUUAUAUAAACACGCAUCUAUUGAUCUAGAGACAGGACAGCCCCAAUCCUCAGAAGCUCACAGCAUCUCUUGUCUCUGCCGGAAGCACAGAGAGAGGGAGAGAAGAGCGGCCGCGCCGCACACAAAUGGAUAAGGCCGUGAUCAUCGUGUGCGUGGUGAUCGGGGCUCUGGGGGUGCUGAGCGCCAUCUUGGGGUUCGCGGCCGAGGGGACAAAGCUCACUCCGUCCGACAUAGUGGUGUCCUACUACGGAACCUCGUGCUACUACCCGCCGAGCCCCGCGCUCGGGCUGGGGGUCUGCGCUGCUAUCUUCCUGCUGGUGACCCAGAUCACCGCCGCCGCGGUCAGCGGUUGCUGCGGCUUCUGCAAGUCCCGGGGCGCCAUCCAUACCGGGACCAAGCGGACCGUCGUCGUCGUCUGCGCCGUCUUCUCGUGGAUAGCGACGGUGAUCGCGUGGGGGCUGCUCAUCCGAGGCGCAUCUUGGAACACCAACGUCGUGCGAGAGGCCGCCGGGCGGUGGAGGUGCUACUACAUCCUGGGCGGCAUCUUCGCCACCGCGGGCGUGUUCACCCUCGCCGCCACGGCCCUCAGCAUCACCUCCUACAUCAUGCUUCAGAGGCAGCUGAACGCUGCCGCGCCGGCAGCGGCCGCGGCCCCCGCACCUAAGCCAGAGGAGCAGUCGCCGCCCGCGGUGAUUGCGAUGGGCACCCCGCAGUUCCCGUCUCCUCAAGGAUAUGUGCAACCGCAACAUCCGAAUUACCCACCGCAGCACCCUCCUCAACCUCCGGCGGCAUACAGGCCGGCCGCCGCACCUAAGCCAGAGGAGCACCUGCCGCCCGCGGGGAUCGCGAUGGGCAUCUCGCAGUUCCCGUUUCCUCAAGGAUAUGCGCAACCGCAGUAUCCGAAUUACCCACCGCAGUACCCUCCUCAACCUCAGGUGGCUCAGUUCCCUCCCACAGCUCCUCCACCUCCUGCUGAAGUCGGGAUGCACGCACCGCAUCAGAUGUUCUUCCCGCCUCCUAAACAGGUGUAGCACCCUGCGCCGCUGCCCUUGAUCAUGUUAUUCUCGUAUCGAGAGAAGACAUGACGUGGUUUGCUGUUGGAUGGAACUAAUGACCUCGCACGCGAAGUCAAGCCAUUGAUA